CCGACUGAGCCUGGAGAAAGCCCACUGCAGCGCAGGAACGCGGUCCUGUGAAGACCGGGAGAGAGCUUGUCCUUUUCCUGUCCGUCCAUGUCUGGUCGAAACACACGUUUUCUGAGAGAGAAAAGAAGAAGCUUUUUUUUCCAGGAAACCCGCUGAGCGUGCUGUUUGCGGCGGAUGACAGAUCACAGCCCGAGCAGACUGGACUACAUCUUCCACUGGUGUGUUAUGGCUCCUGAGCAGAGCAGCCUCAGCAUCAGCUCCUCAUAACGCUUCUGCAAAUCUCAGGAAACACUGGGCUGGUUUGAGCUCUACACUGUUGCAGCAGGGAUGAUUACAUCCCAUAUAAACGGUUAUGUGCAAGAGACCUCUGUCCAGUCCAAGAACCACAGGGAGAGGGCUGUGGACUGUCCAGGAGAGGAAAGUAGAUUUGUCAAAUCUCCACACUGCACUGCCCAAAUGGAGAGAAUCCAGCAUUACCAGGAGGAGCUGAGGAAGAAGAGAGAAGAGGACAGCAGGGGGAAGCAUGACAUUGACCCCAAUGCUUCUCUGAGGCUUAAGAAGUUAUCACAGAACACAAAGGUGGGCAUUGACAAUCCCACCUUCGAGGCAAAGGAAAAGUCCACCAAAGACGCAUGUUCCCUGGAUCCUGUAAUUGAACUGGAGGAGUUGCUGCAGGCUCUGAAGUGGGUGCAACACUGCUUGGCUGAUGCUCAGAGCCAACAAGAUGUGGAGCUGAUUAUUCAGCUUCUUGCCAAGGAGGACUUCAGAAAUGCCUAUACAAUCUACAGUGUUGUGUCUCAGCAGAUGAACAGAGUCAGUCCCACCUCACCCCUCACAGCACAGGCACAGGACCUCUGUCAGGAGGUACAGAGGAUUCUUCAAUCCAGCCAUCAAAAGGAGGGUUUGGAGCUCAGAGCACUGCUUACCAAUCCUCAUCUCAAGGCUCUGAUGCAGGCCCAUGACAGUGUGGCAGGGCAGGAAAUGGCAGAGGAAAAUGUGACUCAGUACCUCGGAGAGACGGUUAAAUUAGUGCGACUGGAGAAGACCAGAGACACUCCACUGGGUGCAACUGUACGCAAUGACAUGGACAGUGUGGUGGUGAGUCGUGUGGUGAAAGGCGGCGCAGCAGAGCGGAGUGGCCUCCUCAGUGAAGGAGAUGAGAUCCUGGAGAUCAACGGGAUUUCGAUUCGUGGAAAACACAUCAAUGAAGUCCAUGACUUGCUGCAACAAAUGCAGGGCACUCUGACCUUCCUUCUUAUCCCAAGUUCUCAGAUUAAACCUGCCCCGCACAGACAGACUGUGAUGCACGUACGAGCUUACUUUGACUACGACCCCUCUGAUGACCCCUUUGUGCCGUGUCGAGAGCUAGGCCUGUCCUUCCAGAAGGGAGACAUCCUCCACGUCAUCAGCCAGGAUGACCCCAACUGGUGGCAGGCCUACAGGGAUGGAGAUGAGGACAACCAGCCCCUCGCUGGACUCAUUCCAGGUAAAAGCUUCCAGCAACAAAGAGAGACCUUAAAGAAAACUUUAACAGACAGAAGUCGAGAGCAGCAAGGGAAGCAUUGGUAUGGAAAGAAGAGCAAGAAACAGAGGAAGAAGAGUACAUCGAACUUUAACAAAAAUACUGACUAUGAUGACAUCCUGACCUAUGAGGAGAUGUCCCUUUACCACCAGCCUGCCAAUCGGAAACGUCCCAUAGCUCUGAUUGGCCCAACAAACAGUGGUCACGAUGAGCUGCGUCGGAGGCUUCUGUCAUUUGAACCCGAAAAGUUUGCUGUUGCUGUUCCACACACAACCAGAAACCCAAGGAUACAUGAGCGGAAUGGCCGUGAAUACCAUUUUGUAAGUCGUCCUGCCUUUGAAGCCGACUUGGCGGCUGCAAAAUUCAUUGAAUCAGGGGAGUAUGAGAAGAACUUGUACGGCACCAGCACAGACUCUGUCCGACACAUCAUCAACUCUGGACGCAUCUGUUUGCUCUGCCUACACACAAGGUCACUGCAGGUGUUGAGGUCCUCCAACCUAAAGCCAUAUGUCAUCUUCAUCGCUCCAACUUCUCAGGAACAACUACGCACCCUGCUGGCCACAGAGGGGAAAUCACCAAAGCCGGAGGAGCUGAAGGAGGUCAUUGAAAAGGCUCGCGAAAUGGAGCACAAUUUUGGUCACUUCUUUGAUGCAGCCAUCGUGAACAUGGAUCCAGACCAGGCUUUUCAAGAGCUACGCAGGGUGAUAGAUAAACUGGACACUGAGCCACAGUGGGUGCCCACCUCCUGGCUAUGCUAGACGUUACGGAGUCUCAGCACAAGGGGUUUUAGAAAGAGACAAACUGAAGAGCAAAACUGGAUGUUCCAGGAGACUGAAAAAUGGACAGUGGUAAAUCGUCACUGGAUUUUCACUUGCACAUUUUCCUCAUUUGUAGAGGAGUCGACCGUUACUCAUGUUGCAGAGAUGGACUCAAGUUUCUUUCAUUUUUUUGUUGGUGUGUGUCUUUGUGGGUGAUUUUUUGUUGUUGUUUUGAUUCCUGAAUGUCUUUGUCUCAGCUUUAUGCAAAAUCAUUUAUCACACAAAUAGAAAUAUUUCUACUCUAUUAUUAUUAGUUAUUUAUAAAUGUAAAUAUAUAUUUCCUAGAUGAAAAGAUGCAAUAUUUUAUUGUUACAUUUUGUGUGUGAUACCUAAAAUGGCACAAACUGAGUGUUAAUAUCACAUUUUGUAAUGGCUUCCUGAGAUAAGGCAUCAAGCCAAAACCAUGUUAGGUACCAAACGGAGGAGAAGCGCCUGUGCUUCAAUGGCUGCAGCAUUAUGUCUUCCAUUCAGGAAUACAGGAAAGAAAUCUGCUGUAAUCUGCACAGUUUUCAGGUACUUCCUUUGCACCAAUAUCAGAGUGAUUUUAUGUUGUGUCUCAUUUAUGCAAUGAUAACAAACCAGUCUCAUGCUGGUUAUCACUACUAUCAGUAUGUAAUGCUGCAAAGUACUGCUGAGAUUAUUAACCAUUAUUGUCUGAGCAAUGCAUCAUAUCAGUGUAGUUCAACAAAUACCGUACUGCUUCUUUGCAAGAUAUUUUCAAAUCAAGAGAGACAAUUUUGUUAUUAAAAUCAAAAUGCAAACAAGUGA